GGGACAUUUCUCUUUUUUUUUUCUUUGGAAAUUUUUUUUUCUUUGGAAUUUCCUUUACUUUGUCUUUUUUAGUUGAUCAAGUCUAAUUGUUGGCUCUGGUUUGGUUUCUUGAGUUUCUUGUUGGAAGAGCACAUUAUGAGGGGAGCCAAGUACGUCAGAGAUGUUAUAAAUGACCGGCUAAGUGUAUAUAGCACGGUGUCUAGUGUCUCACUUUCUGGUAUUAAACCUUUGAAACGCAAAUAUGGUGAUCCUUUAGAGGAGAUAGAGGCUACUUCUGAUACCAAUAGCACACAAUCGAUUCUCGAUUGUGUUCCCUUGGAGACCGAUGGUAAGGGGAAUAUAAUUGACCCUCAACUGGGUAGGAAAAUCACCUUGAAGGGUAUUAAUAUGGAUGCUGGUCUGAAAUUACCACUGAGUCCUGACAUGCCUACGUAUAAGGCCGAUUCAACCAAUCCGGAUGAUGUAUUUUUUGACGGGGAUCAUGUUUCGUUUGUUGGCCGUCCUUAUCCUUUGGAAGAGGCUGAACUGCAUUUCCGUAGAAUCAAAUCUUGGGGUUAUAAUACCAUCAGAUAUAUAAUCACCUGGGAAGCCAUAGAACAUGAGGGUCCUGGGAAAUACGACGACGAUUAUAUCGAUUACACGGCUAAGAUCUUGGAUAUCAUUUAUAAGAUUGGGGGAUUGUAUGUUUUCAUCGACCCCCAUCAGGACGUCUGGUCUCGUUUCAGUGGGGGUAGUGGUGCUCCGUUAUGGACCUUAUACGCUGCUGGGCUACAACCAAAACGUUUUGCCCAUACUGAAGCUAGUAUUCUUCAUAACGAGCCAAGGUUUCAGGAUCCUGCUCAUCCAGAAUACGAGCCUUUCCCUAAAAUGAUUUGGCCCUCUAAUUAUAAAAGACUCGCGUCUCUAACCAUGUUCACUUUAUUUUGGGCUGGUGCCACUUACUUUCCGGAUCUAACCAUCAAUAAUGUUAACAUUCAGCAUUAUUUACAAGAUCACUAUAUUGAUUCUCAAGCUUAUUUUUGGUCAAAAAUUACUGAACGCUUACCUCACAUGAUUGAAAAUGGCAGCUUAUUGGGAUUUGAAUCAAUGAAUGAACCCAACUGUGGACUUGUGGGUCAUGAACAUCUAGGAUAUCUCCCCACCAAUCAGCAGCUUCGUAUUGGUACAACACCUACCGUCUAUCAGUGUAUGAAGUUGGGUAUGGGUUUUGCAGUCGAGAUUAGUGUUUAUAAAAUUACCAUGUCUGGUCCUCAAAAAGCUGGUACUAAAAUUGUUGAUCCUAAAGGUGCUCGGGCUUGGUUAUCCCCGGAAGAAGCACAAGAAAUUGAUUGCCAUUACGGAUGGAAAAGGGGUUCGAAUUGGAAAAUUGGUAAUUGUAUCUUCUCUCAAAGAAGAAUUUGGAAAUGGGAUAAAAACUUGGAUUUGUCAAUGUUACCCAAUUUGUCCGCUCAAGAAAGAUUGAAAUGGGGUAACGAAAAUUGUGAAUUAAAAUUACCAAACUAUUUCAACCAAGUUAGUUCAUCUCUAAAGUUUAAUUUAGACAUUUUACCAAAAAAAAUCAAUAUGGAAUUCUUCACCAAUAAUUUUUUCGUUGACUAUUAUAUAAAAUUUAAAAAAAUGGUUCGUGAAAUAACUCCCAAUAUUUUCGUCAUGAUUCAGCCUCCAGUAUUGGAAAUUCCUCCGGAUUUGAGAAAAGAUACUCGUCAUAUAAUUGAUUCAAAAACAAUCUAUUGCCCUCAUUAUUAUGAUGGUGUAUCAUUGUUAUUCAAGACUUGGAACACUAAGUAUAACGUUGACACUAUGGGUAUCAUGAGAGGCUGUUAUUUCAAUCCGGUAUUGGGAAUUGUCUUUGGUGAACGUGCCAUUCGUAACUGCUUGAAAAGACAAUUUCAACAAAUAAAACAGGAGUGUGAAGAUUAUCUUGGGUCAAUUCCAACUUUGAUGUCGGAAACUGGUAUGCCUUUUGAUAUGGAUGAUAAGCGUUCUUAUGAUGAUUGCAAGUAUAUCUCACAAACAGGUGCAAUUGAUGCUUUAAGUUACGCUUUAGAAGGCUCAAACAUGAGUCAUACUUACUGGUGUUACACUUCAAUCAAUUCUCAUAAAUUUGGUGAUCGUUGGAACAACGAAGAUUUUUCAUUCUGGAGCCCAGAAGAUCGAAAUUUAUUAUUAAAUGAUGACCCUUCCCCUGAAAUCUUUAAUCAAAAUUUCAAUAUGAGCUCUACUUCAACAUCCAUGAGCAGGCUGUCUAGUUUAAAAUCCAAAGCUGUUCUAUCAAUAAAAACUGGUGGAGAAACUUUGAAAGUUAAAACAAGAAAGUAUAGCAGUAAUGGUCGUGGACGUUUGAAAAGAAUUGGUACCAAGCAUCAGCGUAGAAGAAGUGCUGCUAUGAUCGAAAAUAAAUCAAUUAACGAGCCCAAUGGGUCAGAAACCCUGAAUGGUGAAGCUUCUAAUAAUUCAAGUUCUGAAAGGGAAUCGGACGAUAAUACCGAUUCCCAAUCUACGCUGUCUGUUGGAAUAAUUUCAACUACUUCUGAAAAUGUUCGAUUAGGUCAUAAUCGUAAAUGCUAUCCUUCUCCCGAUGGUGUCAGAGCAGCCAGUGCCGUUAUCAGGCCUUAUGCCGUGGCAACAAGAGGUUCAAUCCGAGUUUCUGAGUUUGAUAUAAAAUCAGUCAAAUUUGCAUUAACUGUUUCAUUUGCUAAUUCUAAUGACGAAGACAGUGAUCGUGACACUCCCACCAUAAUAUAUUUACCAAAAUGGCAUUAUCCAUACUUGAAUUAUGGUGAUAUUUACUUAACUUCAGGUACUGUGAAAUACAAUUCUCUGUUGGAAUAUUUAGAGUGGUACCAUAAUGAGGAUGGUAGUGAAACCGAUGAAACUUUAAGUUCAACGUCAGCAGCAAACACUGAGGAAACUAUCAUUAUCAAAAAUAAUAGCGGGUCUUUAGAUGAUUUGAAAGUCCCAGGAGGUUGCCCCAUUUCAUAAAAUAUUAAACGAAUGUACUCACAUAGCAUAAUAAUUUUCUUCCGUAGUAACGUCAUUGAGGAAGAGACAAGCAUCAAUCUAACUGUAUUUUAUUAACUUAUCAAGUGUUUAAGUGAUUA